CUGCCAGUUGCCUGCUGUGUGACCUUGGACAUGGCUUGGAGGGAUGAAUAUUCCCUUUCCUCUCACAACUUCGAUCAUUUGUUGAGCUCACUGCCACCUGAACUGGAGUUCGAACAUACCGUCAGUGAAAUUGAUGAAAAACUUGAAAAAAAUGCCAGAAGCAUUCAACAGUGUCUUAAGGAGUUCCAAGCAGAAGUAAAUAAAAUCUGUCCUGAUGUGGUACUUCAAAGUGCAAAUGAUUGCCUUCAGUGGCUAGACAACUUCAAUUUUAAGCCAACGCCCACAGCUCAAAAUGACUUGAUCAAAUUCCUCCAAACCGUGCAAAAUAUACUGAAGAACGAACAAAAUAAAGAAGAAAUGAUACUUGAUAUUCUGUUAGAUAUCUCCAACCAAUGUGGAGUUUCAUUCCCAUGUACUCCAAGUGGCACUUCUUUUCAGCUCACAUCAAGAACUUCUCUUCAUGCUAUUGAAGAUGAUUUAGCAAUGGACGUUACGUCCCUGUGGGACGAUAUAAGGCUGUAUCUUCGACGUUUCUUAGUAAACAGAUUACAGAGACAUCCCAAAACAAACAAUUUAGAGCAAAAAAUAUCAUUUAAAACUCAGUGCAUACAACAGCUUUUAUUUCUCUAUCCAGAAUCCGAAGUUCUAGCUAAGUAUCAGAGCAUGCAGAAUAAAUUGAUUGCUGAAAUCCUGCAAGACUGUGGUGUGUGCUACAACAGUGAAAUAAACUUGGACAAGCUGAUUCAUGGUUGCCAAAGUUCAAUACCCAAGUUGUGUACCAUGAUCAAAGAAGAUUUUUAUAUACUGUGCAACAUAAUUGGGCCCUCCUCAACACAGAAAUUUGUUAAUGAGACUUACCUGGAUACCAUUAAGGAAGAGAUGGAGGUUCUUCUUGAAAGACUAUGUGAACUUCAGUUCAAAGAUGCUGAUGUAAUUAAAACAAGCAAGCAGUCCAACAAGCGUAAAGGAUCAGUGCAGGCUUUGGGAUUCUUGUCAAUCCAUUCGCAAAAAUCCGGAGGACAGGAGAAAGGGAAGUCCCAAGACCAGAAGGAAGAUAAAGCUUCCCAUAAAGGCCCAUGUAAGGAAAGGAACUUCCGCCUGUCAUUACGUGUACUCAGAAUCCUCUCUCAACUUAUAAAACCUCUGUUGAAGUUGGAAAAAGAAGUCGAAGAACUCUUUGCUGACACGCUGCUGCUGUCCUUUACUGAGAAGUCCAAUCAGGCCUCAGAAUAUCCCCAUGAGUUAAGGGAAGAGAGAUAUUAUUUUUCCAGUUGUACAGCAGUUCAGAAGAAAGCUACCGAGGAACUUUUAAUAGAGGAAACUAGUGCAAAGGAAUGCAGCAUGCCUCCUAAGGUAAAGGGAAAAGAGUCUGCCCUACUAGAUUUUGACUGGAGAAGUGCAUUUAAAGAGUUGUCCCUCUCAGUGGCACGAUGCAUAGCAAUUGAAAUCCAAGAUUUUUCCUCCAGAAUUCUUGAGCAUGAACAGAAUGAAAGAUCUUCGGCUGUAAGCUAUGCCAUAACCCUUGUCAAUAUACAGGAAGUUUCGGAGUCCUUGAAGGCAAAUCCCGAGGAGGAACAGCCAAAGCAAAUUGCCAAGUUUUGUUCUGACAUCAUGGAAGAACUUGACACAAUGCUUCCACUGGCUCUGGCAUGCAGAGAUGAUUCUCUUCAGGAAAUUAGAGCAAACUUUGUGGAGGCCUGCUGCAAAGUAGCAACAGCUGUCCUGGAAAGGUUGGAGGAGAGAAGCAAAGAAGUUCCUCGCCAGGCCCCCCUGCAAAACUCAUAUGCUCUACUUUCUUCAGCAAUAUACGUCUGCCAGCAGUUUAGGCGGUAUGAUAGUUCAAUGGAAGAGAUUAAAGAACCCCUAUUCCCAGGGCCUGUCCGGCGAUAUCAGGAAUUCAUCAGCGCUCUCCAGUUUCAAGUUACUGACUACUGCGUCAGAGUUUGUGCAACAAGCAUUUUACAGGAUGGUGAGAGCCACCGCUGGGAUGACUACAAAGCUUUUUAUGAGAUGUGGCAUUAUUUCUGCUGUGCACUCCAUCACGAUCUGUGGACGCUUCUACCCCCCAAGAAAGCCCAGGAGAUUCUAAUAGAAGUGCUGGAGCAAUCUUUGGAACUGCUGGCCUGCAGAUACGCUCAGGCCAAUCCUAGUUAUGAAAGAACCCCACAGAUCAGAUUUGAUGUCACGGCAAUCCUUAUAUGCACAGAAAGUAUGUUGUGGUCGGUUUGUAGUUCAUCACGGGAACUUCUGAAUCCUGAUGAAGAUACAGAUGAUGAUAUAAUUAAAAUCCACACUCACUGCAACAACCUUUUUACUACUCUGGUUAUCUUAACAUCACCCUUAACAAAAUUAUAUGAGGUGUUUCAGAAUGGCUUUGAUGAUCAUACUUCGGAUCUACAUAUUCAGGAGCCAUUACAUUGGCUUUCUUCCAUAGCCCACUUCUUUCCUUCUUUACUAAGGACUCCAUCAGCUGGAAAAAUGGCAGUCCAGGGUCAUCUGAAGCUGCUCUUAUCCCAACCAUGUUGUAAUUGGAACUUGCUUUUGGAGACUCUGCUGCAACGUGAUUGUCUCUUAGUGAGAAUAUUGCUGAGAAGCUCCAAAGCUACAGUUUCUAAAUCUGAAGAACAAAUCUCCUGCCAAGAACCUAGUUUGAUUGAAGCAAUUUUCAAAGUGUUGUGCUAUUGCAGUUUUUCCCCCAAAUCACUCGGUAGUGUUCUCAUGAACUACAUGGAACAAGAGCAGUUAUGGGACUUUUUACAAAAUAUGCCAGCUACAAGUUGCAAGGAGCCUGAGCCAGAGGUCAUAAGAUGCUUGAAAUUGUUGUUGAUUGAUGCAGUCAAGGAUAUAGUGAAGCAGAUAAUUUCUCUGAUGGAUUUUUGCAAGGCAAAAGGAAAUUAUGGAAUGUAUCAGCAAACACUUCCUGAAAGUUUGCUUGAGACGAUCCCAAAAGAAUGGGAUUAUGUUCCUAAAGUGGUGAAAGAAUCUAAGAAAGGCUUCACAAGGCUUGCAGCCCAGGCAGCAGCUAUUGUAAUCAGCAAGUUACCUACAGUGAUUGCAUGUUUGCCUCCCCCAAUUAAGUACUUCUUUUUUCUGUCUGAGAGGAAAAUGUCAAAAAACUUGGUUGAAUUAAAGAAAGCUGGUCUGCUCGUCUGGAGUUUGAUUGUAAUUAUACGUCGGAUGUUUGAGGAUGGAAACACCGUAGAACUUUUAACAGGUGCCACACUUGACAGAUGGAGCAAAGAGAAACUCAGUUUAGUAUGUGAAUGUUUGGAAAGCAUUUUGGGGAAGCAACAAAAUGCCCCUAAACCAGUGAUCCAGAAAUCUAUCGAGAGAAUUGAGCAGCAAGGACCCAACUGGAUUGAAAACCAGUUGCUAAAAGCAAGAAAAUUGAGCACAGAAUGUGCUUUUAUGACAGCAGGAGAAGGCGCAGCCUUAGAAGAGGAAAGUAUAGCGUUUGAAUUGACUGAGCAGAAAAUAAGCAUGAUGGUCCUGGAUAUCUGCCACAAACCAGGUGGCAGCGAGUACCUGAGGCAAAUUUAUCACAUCAUCCGGCUCAAUGAGGACUAUUUGAAAGAACAGCUGGUUUCUGAGAGCAUUUCAGAAGAGAAUACUGCACCCAUCAGACCUCUAAAAUUGGCCUUUCCAAGUACGGAAGAGAAACCUUUUGUCUUUAACCCUUUCCAGGUGCAUAGACUGUUUAGAGAAACCAUGUUAGAUGAGUCGGCCACAUCUAAAUGGGACUGGGAUUGGUCAAACUUGCUGCCAAGUUAUCUGGGACUGAAUAAAAUGACCUUCAAGGUGCUCCUGGAAAACAGGUGGGAAAUGAAAGAAGGUGAAACCCUAGGAAAGGAGGAGAAGGCAAUGCUGGAACAUUUACGGAAAGUUUGUUCCACACCACGUCCUUUGGCCCCAGAUGAUAAACCCGGGGAAUGACUUAUAAAAAAAACUUGAAAGUUGUAUUUUCAGAAGCAAUAACACAACCGAAUUACACCAUGACACAUGAAUGCGCCCGUUGAAUAAUUACUAAAGUACAAACAACAUGGUGAGGUUAUGAAUUUGUUAUUCUUUUUUACAUUGUUCCUGAAAAUGAAAAAUAAACGUAUUUUCUG